GCUAAAAAAACAAAAAAACAAAAAAAAAAUUGUGCAUAAAAUAUUUUCAUAAACUUUUUAGUGUAAACCCAAUUGUGUAAUGGUAAAAGUGGUACAAACUGAGAUCAUUCUGUCUAAGAAAGAUUGGCUUUAAAGGUUUGUGAUAGAGUACCCUCUACACUUUCUAGCAACCCCGGGGAGUUCUAGUAAAAGUGUGGGACGAAGCGGUACCUUGGCAACCUUCCCAAUCGGCCUGGGAAUAUCUUGUGUGAAUACCCUUGCAUUAUUACAUAGUUGUAAUUUACAUUAUUUAACAAGUGAAAAUACACAAAAAAAAAAAAGUGAAUGUCACGAAAUAGAGACAAAUUAGGGAGAUUUGUAAAACAACAAAUUGAAAUUUUAGAAAACUCUCCUAAAUCGUCUUCUUCCACUCGUUCUCAUUCACCACCAUCACCCAUACUUCCUGCAUUUCCAAUGAUGGCUCAACAACAGGAAAUCCAACCAAGAACGCUACAGGAUUAUCUACAUCCUACGCGUACGGCCACACCUUCAUGCAUAAUGUAUCCCAUGAAUAUGCCCAACUUCGAUUUCAAACCUGGCAUGAUUCAACUUUUACCAACCUUUCAUGGUAUGGAAAAUGAGAGUCCAUAUGUGCAUAUUCAGGCCUUCGAAGAGGUGGUGGCCACAUUCAACAACCAAGCUGACAUCAUUAACUUGGUGAGAUUGAAGUUCUUUCCCUUCUCACUCAAGGACAAAGCCAAAAGCUGGUUGUAUUCCUUAAGGCCAAGGUCUAUUGGGACAUGGGAUGAGAUGACAAAAGUAUUUUUCUCUAAAUUUUUUCCACCCCAUAAGACCAGCAGCCUUAAGAGGCAAAUCUCUACCUUCACCCAAAAGGACCAUGAAACGUUUCAUCAGGUCUGGGAGAGGUUUAAAGAUUUGAUGGGCCAGUGCCCACAUCAUGGAUACGAAAGUUGGCGUCUUGUCAGCUAUUUCUACGACGGUCUCACAGCCGACAAAAGACAAUUCGUACAAAUGAUGUGCAAUGGCGACUUCCUACAGAAAGAUCCCGAAGAAGCUUUGGAAUAUCUUGAAGAAAUUUCUGAAAAAUCAUACACAUGGAGUGCGCCAAGUCCUACAGACAAGCCACGAACAGCCGGAGUCUACCAAUUGAAGGAGGAGGACAGUGUGAAAGCUCAACUUGAAGCUUUGAAAAAACAAUUUGAGGCUUUCAAAACUCAAGAAGGUAAAGCACUCCAGAUCGCUGCAAAAGUGGAAAAGCAAGAACCAUGCUUCAUUUGUGGAGGGACUGAUCAUCAACCCCAAGAGUGCCCUAGUCUUAGUAUGUUAAGGGGAGGAGAUGAGGAACAGUGUAAUGCCUUAGGGGAUUACAAGAAGCCUUAUAAUGCCUACUCUAACACAUACAAUCCUGGUUGGCGUAACCAUCCCAAUUUCAGUUGGAAGGAUACAAGUCAAAAUCAAGCAUCUGGGAGCCAAUGGAGGCCUGAUCAACAAAAGAAUUUUCUUGAGAGUUCCAUGAAAAUUCUCGCAGAAUCCCAACUAGAGUUCAGGACUUAUUUCACUCAGGUGAUAGAGGAAUUGAAGGACAUAAAGAUUCAAAUAACAAAGUUAAAUGAUUCUUCAGUCAUUCAAGAGCGUGGUAAGCUUCCCGCUCAGCCUCUAAUCACUCCCAAAGGGCAACAUAUGGCACAAACUUCUGCUCCUUCAGAGUCUAAUCUCAAAGGGGUUAAUGCUAUUACUACCCGAAGUGGUCAAAGUACGGUAUCACCAUUACCUAAGACCACUAGUGUACCAAUGCCCGCUCCAGAUGCUGAUGUGCCACAGAACCUUCCAGUAAAGGUGCCCUUUCCUCAGGCUUUGAAAUCCACUGGAAAGGUACUGGAAAGUCAUAGCGAGAUCCUUGACUUUUUGACACAAGUUAAGGUUAACCUACCAUUACUUCAUGUAAUCAAGCAAGUACCGGCUUAUGCCAAAGUUAUCAAGGAUCUAUGCACUAUCAAAAGGAAGCACCAUGUCAAGAAAACUGCAUUCUUGGCAGAACAAGCUAGUGCGGUGAUCGACUGCAAGACACCGCUUAAAUACAAAGAUCCUGGUUGUCCCACCAUUUCAUGUCAAAUAGGGGAACAGGAAUUUGGCCAAGCCCUCCUGGACUUAGGUGCAAGUGUAAAUCUCAUGCCUUAUUCCAUAUACUUGCAACUAGGCCUAGGAGAACUUAAGCCCACAUCUGUGGUGCUACAAUUGGCCGAUCGAUCAGUUAAGAAACCUCGGGGAAUAGUUGAAGAUGUCUUGAUUCAAAUUGAUAAAUUCUAUUAUCCUGUGGAUUUUCUCAUCUUGGACACUCAAUCUGAAGUCAACUUAGAGUCCAAAAUUCCCAUCAUUCUCGGACGACCAUUCCUCGCAACAGCAAAUGCACUCAUCAAUUGUAGGAAUGGUCUUAUGAAAAUCUCUUUUGGGAACAUGACUCUAGAGGUGAAUGUUUUCAACAUUGGUAAACAACCACCUGAUAACGAUGAGUGUUUCCAAUCAUUUCUGAUCGAUACACUUAUUUCAGAAGAGGUAGAAGCACAAUACACUUCCACUCAUCUCAAUGACCUCUUUGAAAUUUCUGAGAUUUCUGAGUCGGGUAAUACUGAAAUCAACCCUGAAAUCAUCAAUCAAUUACCGACCAAAAGAACCAUGUUUUGGAAUCCAAUCUUCGAGGGACUUCCUCAAGAUAGGGAAACACCAAAACCAUCCACUGUACAAGCUCCUCAACCAAACUUGGCUCAACUUCCUAAGGAACUUAAGCAUGUCUUCUUGGGAGCAAACAACACUUUCCCUGUCAUCAUAUCCUCCACCCUUAAUGCAACUCAAGAGCAACAACUUAUCAACGUGCUCACAGAGCAAAGAGGAGCAAUUGGUUGGACGUUAGCUGACAUUAAAGGGAUUAGUCCUUUGAUUUGCUCCCAUCACAUUAAAUUGGAAGAUGGGGCCAUACCACGACGUGAUCCUCAAAGGAGAUUAAACCCACCAAUGAAGGAAGUGGUAAAGACAGAAAUCUUGAAGCUUCUGGAUUACGGGAUACUUUAUCCUGUUGCCGACAAGAAUCGGGUUAGCCCAACUCAGGUUGUUCCCAAGAAAUCGGGAGUAACAGUGGUACCAAAUGAUAAGGGAGAACUCAUCCCUACCAAGGUCACAACAGGUUGGCGCAUGUGCAUUGAUUAUAGAAAAUUAAAUGCCGCCACCUGUAAAGACCAUUUCCCACUUCCAUUCAUCGAUCAAAUCUUGGAACGUGUGGCAGGUCAUCCUUUCUACAGCUUUCUCGAUGGUUAUUCGGGGUACUACCAAAUCGAAAUUGCUUUAGAAGAUCAGGAAAAGACCACAUUCACUUGUCCUUUUGGUACCUAUGCCUUUCGGCGUAUGCCAUUUGGCCUGUGUAAUGCCCCAGCCACCUUCCAGCGCUGCAUGAUGAGUAUCUUUAGUGAUAUGAUCGAGAAUUGUAUGGAAGUAUAUAUGGAUGAUUUGACAGUCUUUGGUGAUUCAUUUGAAUCAAGCCUUCUCAAUUUGGAAGCUGUGCUUAAACGAUGCAAAGAGAAAGGCUUGGUACUCAACUGGGAGAAGUGUCAUUUCAUGGUGCCAUCUGGCAUAGUCUUGGGGCAUAUUGUUUCACAACAAGGAAUUGAGGUUGAUCAAUCCAAGAUUGAACUCAUAUCAAAGCUGCCCGCCCCCAAGACUGUUAAGGAUGUUCGAUCCUUUCUUGGGCAUCUUUGGAUUCUAUAG